AUGUCACGCAGUGACUCGCCCUACGACGAUAGUAUUGCAGAGAAAGACGAUCACUAUGCGUCGUCCUCGAGCUCGAUAGUCGAAGCAGAAGAGCUUCUGCCAUCGCAAGAGUCGAUUCGCUCGCUAUCUAGACGAUCUCGGCCGUGGCUAUGGAUAUCAGCUUGGGCUCUGAGCUUGUUGGCGACAUCUGCUUUGACUUGGCAUCUAGCACGACGACCGGCACCCACACUGGAUGACUUCCCGGUCGUAGAACGAAUCGCCUCGUUAAGCUGGUAUUCACCCGUCCACAAUGAUAUCGAUCUCCACAUCGACCAUCAUGUUGUAGAUGGCGAACUCUGGUGGAAUGAAAGCCAGCCAUUUCGUCAGGAUCCGUCUCCCGAGACAGACGCUCGGUGGGAAGAGCUUGUGGGAGGCCACGCAAAUCGAAUCUUUGUGUCGAAGGAGGACUGGGUGAAGAUGGGUAUGGAUCCUGAAGUGGGCGCUCAGUGGAUUGGAGACCCUACUGGCAACACUUACAUGGCCGAGAUCAACGUCUUUCAUCUUGUCCACUGUGUUGACAUGCUGCGACAAGGUGCCUUCUUGGACUACUAUUGGUAUUCACGGCCCAUCAACCCACUCUACUGGUCGCACUUCUACCAUUGCCUAGACAUGGUCCGCCAAGAAUUGAUGUGCCUGGCCCCGCUGGAUCUCUCGCCACUGGUCUGGUCCGAGCACCAGAGAAUGCCGUUCCCAUACUUCACCAUCAACCGCCAAUGCCGCAGAUGGGAAGAUGUCGUGAAGUACAGGGACGAGCACCAGAUGACAAAAGAUCAGUUGGAUCUAAUGAUGAAUGCUACGAAGCCGCCUCAUCAGAAGGAGAUGCCCAUUCCAGCCCAUGCCAAGACGUUGCUAGAGAACAUCGGGCGGUGGAAAGCGAAGGACCCGGCUGAGUUUGAAUAUGUGAAGAUGGAUGAUCACGGCCGAAAUGGUUGGGAUGGGUUACCGCCAGUACAGAAAAAUCCCCAGGGGAAGUAUGCAGAUUAG